GACGCGACGCUUAACAAAACGCACACAAAAAAAUGACAAAUUUAAAUAAAAUAAAGGUAGUAGUGUUGGGAAGUCCGCGAGUCGGGAAAUCAGCGGUUACUGUGCGGUAUCUAACGAAACGCUACAUCGGCGAAUACAGCUCAACAAGUGAUUUCUUGUAUCGACACAAUGUCACCUUUGACAAUGUUACAACCGAAGUUGAAAUAUUAGAUACGUCAAAAUGUGCGAAGACUGGCUGCUUGUACGAGCAUUUAAGAUGGGGCGACGCUUUUGUGGUUGUCUACUCGAUAUGCGAUCGCAAUAGUUUCGCCGAUGCCUCGGAAUAUUUGUUGCAAUUAUCGAAGCUGAAACUACCUUCGUACUACACAACUUUGCUGCUCGGAAACAAAAGAGAUUUAGAUCAUUCGAGACAAAUAACAGUAAACGAUGGACACGAACUCUCAUUUCACUAUUCAUGCCAAUUUUACGAAGUAUCAGCUGCCGAAAAUUAUGCCGGCGUCUCGUUAGCGUUUCAAUCGUUGCUGCGUGAGGCACGAUCUGCCCAGCUACUACGGGCGUUACCAAUUCGACGUAAAUUGGGUGUCAAUAGUGUAUCAAAGGCACUUGGCAAUAUAUUCGGGAAAAACAACAACAACAAAGGUGAUCGAAAAAAACGACCAUCAUUAAGUAUAUAAUAGUAUACGGAUAAUAAUAAUGAUGACGAUAAAAUUACAUGCGAAAAAAUGGCCCGUCAUUUGAUGUGACAGCAUUUUUAAAGCACCUUGCUACCGUGAAGAAGCAUGUUUGUGAUAUUUAGAUUUUAAAUUAUUUUUACUCUUCUUCUUCUUCUUUUUUAUGUAAAUACAGUAAGU